CCCAAUAUUUUUCCCUCAAAUACUCUUGGCCAUUUUCACACAAAUUCUUCAUUUCUAAAAACCCUAGCUUUUUUCCUUCCCCCCAUUUAUUAGCUAGGGAUAAUGACGACAUCGUUUGGAACAACAGCGAUUAACAUCUCCACCGUAGAUGACCCGAACCCGAACUCGAAGCUCCAAAUUCAAAGGUUUAAUGGGUUGAAAAGCACAUCCACCAAUUCGCUGUUGCUUAGCAGACGUCUCAAUGUGAACCGCUCAUUUAACCCUUCCAAUACCAGUUCUAUUGUCCGCGCUGUCGCUACGCCAGCGAAGCCUGCUGCAGUGGAGCCAAAGCGUAGUAAAGUUGAAAUAUUCAAAGAACAGAGUAACUUCAUAAGAUAUCCUCUUAAUGAGGAGAUUCUAAAUGAUGCCCCAAACAUCAAUGAGGCUGCAACACAAUUGAUCAAGUUCCAUGGAAGCUACAUGCAAUACAACAGAGACGAGCGUGGUUCAAGAUCAUACUCAUUUAUGCUUCGGACAAAGAACCCUGGUGGGGAGGUACCAAACAGACUCUACUUGGUCAUGGAUGAUCUUGCUGACCAAUUUGGAAUCGGGACACUCCGUUUGACAACGAGACAGACCUUUCAGCUGCAUGGGGUCGUGAAAGCAGACCUCAAGACGGUAAUGAGUACAAUCAUCAACAACAUGGGUUCAACUCUUGGUGCAUGUGGUGACCUCAACAGGAACGUUCUUGCUCCAGCUGCCCCGUUUGCAAAAAAAGAUUAUAUGUUUGCUAAACAAACCGCCGAUAACAUUGCAGCACUUUUAACUCCCCAGUCUGGAUUUUACUAUGACGUUUGGGUGGAUGGGGAGAGAUUUAUGACAGCAGAACCUCCUGAAGUUGUUAAAGCUCGAAAUGAUAACUCCCAUGGAACAAACUUCCCCGACUCACCUGAACCCAUCUAUGGAACUCAGUUCUUGCCAAGAAAGUUCAAAAUUGCAGUUACUGUGCCAACUGAUAACUCGGUGGACCUUCUCACUAAUGACAUAGGUGUUGUUGUUGUAUCUGAUGCGGAUGGAGAGCCUCAGGGAUUCAAUAUAUAUGUUGGUGGUGGUAUGGGUCGAACUCAUAGGAUGGAAACUACUUUUCCUCGUUUGGCAGAGCCGUUGGGUUAUGUUCCUAAAGAGGAUAUACUCUAUGCAGUUAAAGCUAUUGUUGUUACUCAAAGAGAGAAUGGGAGAAGAGAUGACCGCAGGUAUAGCAGAUUGAAAUAUUUACUCAGUUCAUGGGGGAUCGAGAAGUUUCGUUCUGUAACGGAGCAGUAUUACGGAAAGAAGUUUGAACCCUGCCGUGAGUUGCCUGAGUGGGAAUUUAAGAGUUACUUGGGAUGGCACGAACAGGGAGACGGUCAUUUGUUUUGUGGCCUACAUGUUGACAACGGUCGUGUAAAAGGAAUUAUGAAGAAGACACUCAGAGAAGUUAUUGAGAAGUAUAAUCUGAAUGUGCGUCUCACACCCAACCAGAAUAUUAUCUUGUGCAAUAUUCGGCAAGCUUGGAAGCGCCCCAUCACCACAGCCCUUGCACAGGGUGGUUUGCUGCAACCUAGGUUUGUGGAUCCUCUCAAUCUAACAGCAAUGGCGUGCCCAGCUUUUCCACUUUGCCCUCUAGCAAUAACUGAAGCUGAGCGUGGAAUACCUGACAUCCUCAAGCGUGUUCGAGCUAUUUUUGAAAAGGUUGGUCUGAAGUACAAUGAAUCUGUUGUGAUAAGGGUAACGGGCUGUCCUAAUGGAUGUGCUCGACCAUACAUGGCUGAACUUGGAUUGGUUGGAGAUGGUCCAAACAGCUAUCAGAUCUGGCUUGGGGGAACUCCAAAUCAAACUUCAUUGGCAAGAACUUUCAAGGAUAAGGUUAAGGUUCAGGAUCUUGAAAAAGUUCUGGAGCCUUUAUUUUUCCAUUGGAAAAGAAAGCGGCUAUCUAGAGAAUCAUUUGGCGACUUCACAAACCGCACGGGAUUUGAGAAACUCGGGGAGUUGGUUGAAAAAUGGGAAGGCAUCCCUGAGUCACCAUCCCGUUAUAACUUGAAGCUAUUUGCUGAUAAAGAGACGUACGAAGCCGUGGAUGCACUUGCAAAAAUCCGACAUAAGAAUGCCCAUCAAUUGGCGAUUGAGAUAGUUCGCAAUUAUGUUGCUUCCCAACAAAAUGGGAAAAACAUGGACUGACCAAGUCUUUCCUUUGAGUUGCAAAAGAGCACAAGAUUAUCCAAGGCGGUUUAACUGGUGACCAUGUCUUGAUCCCGUUAUUGCUUGGCUGAAACAAGUGGAGAAUUUUGACAUAUUCUGAAAAGCUUUUGUAGUACUUCCCUUGUAGACCGACAGUCCCCUGCAUUUUCUUUUCCUUUUUUGGUUGUUUAUUUUCCAUUUUCCUUUCUAGAGUAAACAAAAUCUGAGAAUGGCCUGUAUUUUAUUUUCUUUCAAAUUAUUUUUUGAAAGGUUACCUUUUUAAACCUCC